CGUAUCGCGUAGUCGUUUAUAGACUAUCGAAACAUGAACAGCGAAUAAAAACAAUAAAUAAUUACGUUAUCAUUAAAUAAAACAAUACAUAUAAAUUAAAAUAUUGUUCAACAUUAAAAAAAAUUAGUUAAAACAGCUUUUUUAAGUAAUACAUAGUGAGAAAGUGCUAUAUUUUAUAAUAUAUUUUAACAGCUUGGCAUUUCAUAACAACAAACACCUGACCUGACAUUUUAAUAAUACAAGAUGAAUAAUACCAGAUGAAAGUGAAGAAAUAUACAACCAAGUCUAUCAAUUUUAUAAAUGGGUUUCGAGGAACCCAUCUUCAAGUUAUUGCGUGGGAUCUAAUGGUGUUGGUGCGGUGAUAUUAUGGCAUGGCAUAGUGGUUACAGUUCUGUCCUAUUACUAUUAUUAUUAAUAGUCCAGUGUAUAUUAUAUACAAGAGCCAUACAAUGCUAUAAAUGUAUUUUUGCUGAAAAUAUCUACACCACUGGCGAGAGUCUGUGUAAUGGUUUUGAUUAUUCCGACAAAUUCAUAGUGGACUGUCCUUAUUCUACGUACUGUAUGAAAAAAAAUACCCAUAGUAAAAUUGGCGAAGAACAAAUCAACGGAACUGAGAGGGACUGCGCCCUGCAGAUGUACCGGACGCAAAAAAUAAGAAACGGCAAGUGGCACCAGGAAAUUGAAGUGGAGGAACCCUACGUGGAAGGGUGUAAAACUACCAAAGACAAAGGGCUGAGAACCCCCUUUAUUGAACACUGUUACUGUAAAGGAGACUUAUGCAAUAAUGCCUUUAUCCCUAAAGGAAACUUACUUUUGUAUAUAUCUAUUCCAUGUUUGAUUAUAAUGUGGCUGUGAAGUUUUAUUUUAAUAGAUUUUUAUCUUUUUUCAACUCGAGACAUACCUAAUUAGAAAAUUUUAGCAUUUCUCAUAUUUAAUAAUGAUUAAAUUUUAUGAAAUUGUGAUUUGUAUGAUAUGAAUAUAGUCAUUUUUGACUAUACAUAGGUCCACUGCAUGUGCCAUAAUAAAUAAUAUGUUUUUAAUAUAA